GAAGGUGAGAAGACGACUUGAGAUAAUAUUGACCAAAAAAGAAGACGACUUGAGAGUUGAGACUCGCCACACCUUCUCUUUAUCAUGCACAGAAUGCGAAGCUUCUCUUUCCCAUCAUUAUUACUCUCUUCCCCUUAACGACUUUUGCUCCCAUUUUCCCAACUCCUUAAGCUCCCCUCAUCAAUCACCCAAUUCAAACCAAGUCGAAAAUGGAGCUCUUUGCUCUUGAAGAACACAACCCAGAUUCUAUCCCUGACUUUUUUGCCUCAGAAGCUGAUCAUAUGCCCUCACAGACCUUCUUAACCAGCUCCAUACACUCGGAUUUCUACCGCUCAUUUCGACUCGAGGCCAUUUCUCUGUUUUUACAGGCACAGUAUUCCUGCAACCUUGACCCUUUCACUUCUUACAUUGCCCUUAACUACCUGGAUCGGUUCAUUUCCAAGCACAACAUUCCGCAAGGAAAGCCUUGGGUGACAAGACUAGUUGAACUUGCCUGCCUAUCUCUAGCUGCAAAAAUGAAGAACACGUCCUUUUCGCUCUCUGAUUUUCAGAGUAGAGAAGAAGGUUUCAUGUUUGGGGCGCAAACGAUUAACAGAAUGGAGCUUCUGAUUCUCGACACAUUAAAUUGGAGGAUGAGAUCAAUAACUCCGUUCUCCUUUCUACAUUUCUUUGUCACAUUGGUGGACAUAAAUGAGAGACCACUCAUUCAAGCCCUCAAAAGUCGAGCUUCAGAUAUCAUCUUUAAUGCCCAUAAUGGUAGUACCAGGACUUCUUCUAGUACUUCACAUCAAAAUUCGAUACCUAUUUCUUCGCUAUUAACCUCUAUGAUUAAACUAACCCUAAAUUUUGGUUUUGUUUUUGGUUACAGAAACCAAAUUCGUUGAGUUUAAGCCAUCGAUAAUUGCAGCAUCCGCGGUUUUAGCUGCGAGUCAUGAAAUUCUCCCCUUGCAGUUUCCUAGUUUAAAAGUUUCAAUAUCAUCUUGCCAGUAUGUAAAUAAAGAGAGUUUGUUUAAAUGCUUGAACCUAAUGCAUGAAAUGGUAACGAGUGAAGGGUAUGACUCAGUUUUAGAUACUUUGUCAUGCACAACUAGAA